GCCCAGCUUCACCGGGGCCGAGUUUUCUUUGGACGCCAGCAGGACACAGUGAGGCUGAGGACGAGAAGACCAAGACAGACGGAGCUGAAGAUCAGAUAAACCACCAUGACUGAGACGAACUCCACCUCCUCCUCCUCCUCCUCUGAGUCUCUCUGCGUGGAUUAUGGAGCUCUGCAGAUCCUGCUGGCGGUUCUCUACUCCAUCAUCUUUGUCCUGGGUCUGGUCGGGAACGUGGUCGCCCUUGGCGUCUUCUUCUGCGUUCGUGUGAAGAAGAACUCGGUGCGCGUGUUCCUCAUCAACGUGGCCUUCGCGGACCUGCUGCUGGUGACGUGUCUCCCGUUCAGGAUCCUCUACCACAGCCGAGGGAACAUGUGGGACCUGGACCCGGUCCUGUGUACUGUGGUGGGAAACGUCUUCUACAUGAACAUGUACAUCAGCGUCACGCUGCUGGGGCUGAUCAGUGUGGAUCGAUACAUGAAGAUCCAUCGUACCGCUGGAGUCCAGCACAGACUGAAGUCCACAAAGUGGACCAGUGCUUUGUGUGCUCUCGUCUGGAUCACGUCCAUCACUAUUGGGUCAACGCUUAUGAUUUCAAAGAGUGACAUGUCACAGUCCAACAGGUGUUUCCACUAUAAGCAGCUACAUCACGCCAAGUGGAGAGCCUACAUCAACAUUAGCAUGCUGGUCGUGUUCUGGCUCGUCUUCUUCGGUCUGGUGGUGUCUUACGGCAAAAUCGCCACCAGUCUUCUGAGGAGGUCGCAGGACAAACCGGAUCUGCCCAACGUGGCUCAUUACGGUCGGACUGCCAGGAAGUCCUUCUUCGUCCUCUUCCUCUUCACCGUGUGUUUUGUGCCGUAUCACUUAGUCCGAGGCUUCUACAUCAUGACGCAGAUCACGGACAUGCCGUGUUACUGGAUCGGCGUGGUCGACAAAGCCAACGAGGUGGCGCUGCUGCUGUCGGCACUGAACAGCUGCCUGGAUCCUGUCAUGUACUUCCUGUUGUCGUCGUCGGUGAGGAAGGAAGUGACACGUCUGCUGAGCGACGUGUGUCGGGUAUGGGACGCGGUGGCGGUCGUGAGCGGGAGCAGCUCCACCGCUGAGAACGACAGCCGGAACGUCGCAGAACAGAGAGAACUCAGGCAGACGUCUGUCCCGCCGGGUCAGAACAGAAACAGAAGCAGUGACUGUAACCACGGUAACCGCAGCAGCAGUCACAUGACAUUUUCACCUCAUUACUGAUGUAAAAACCUCAGAAAAUAAAAUUCAUCAUUAACCAUU